AAGCCAAUUGGACGAAAAUCAGAUUAACAACUGAAUCCAAUAUAUUUUUCGCGUGUAAUUGAUAAUUGCCAUCGGUUGACGAUUCCACACUGGUUGAUGGCGAAUUACUAUUCAGUAUUUUCAGUAUUUAUAGCAGAUAGGAUCCGAGCGAAAAGGCUUUUCGCGAAUCAGUAACUCAGUGGAUACCCGGGAUAUUUCGCUAGAUAGACAAUAACAGAAUGAGUCAGACGGUGACGUCGAUAACAAGUCAGCUGAUGGAAGCUCAAAUCAGCACCGGUACACCGGAAGUCGAAAUUACGGAUCCUUUUUGCAGUGCCGAUAGUCCACAGAUAAUUUCCUUCCAAGACGUGACGUCAGCGGCAUUCAGGAUCAAGAAGGGAAUCGAGUACACACCAUGCCCGAAAUCUCAUCUCUCGGAGAUGGCCGACAUGGAUAUUUACUUGAAAAAGGAGUUCCUCCAGUUCACCGGUAGCUUCAAAGAACGUGGGGCCCGAUACGCCCUGAUUAUGCUUUCCGAGGAGCAGCGGAAGAAGGGAGUUAUUUCGGCAUCGCUGGGAAAUCACGCUCAGGGCCUGAGCUAUCAUGGUUGGAAGUUGGGCAUCCCGGUAACAGUUGUUAUGCCGCUGAAGGCUUCGCUCAUGAAGAUCCAGAAGUGCCGUGAUUACCACGCAAAUGUGAUUGUCCAGGGUUCGGACAUGGGAGCAGCAAAAAAGAUUGCGCUGAAAAUGGCGCACGAUACCGGAUUGACGUACAUCAACGGCUACGAUCAUCCGCACAUCAUGGCCGGCCAGGGCACUAUUGGACUGGAAAUCGUGGAACAAGUGAGCAAUAUCGAUGCCGUCGUCGUUCCGGUCGGAGGUGGAGGCCUUAUUGCGGGCGUCGCGACGGCCAUAAAAAAUCUCAGCCCCCAGACGAAAAUCAUUGGUGUGGAAUCGGAAAAGUGUCCUAGUUUUUCAAAGGCACUGGAGAACAAAGCUCCCAUCUACGUUCCGAACAAGGAAACCUUGGCCGAUGGCUUGGCAGUGCCCCAGGUUGGCUACAAUGCCUUUGCCACUACUGUUCCUCUUCUGGACAAGAUGAUAGUGGUGAAAGAAGAGUGGAUUGCCCUUGCCAUUCUUCGACUGGUCGAGCUGGAGAAAUGCGUUGUGGAAGGUGCCGGUGCUUCCGGUUUGGCCGCCAUCCUGGCCGGGCAUCUGGACGAGUUCAAAGGGAAAAGAGUCGUGCUACUCGUGUGCGGAGGAAACAUCGACACCACAAUGUUUGGCCGCUGCUUGGAACGAGGCAUGGCCGCAGAAGGUCGACUUCAGAGAUUUACGGUACGCGUCAGCGAUGGCCCCGGUGGCGUUGCGAAGCUGUGCAAUUUGCUGGCGCAACUUGGCGUUUCCAUUAAAGAUAUAAUGCAUGAACGUGCUUUCAUCCGGGAUGUGCACACUGUUGAGGUGAAAGUUAUAUGUGAAACUCGUGACUGGAACCACUCCCAGGAAAUGCGGAAGGCUCUUCAAGAAUCGUACGAGGAGGUGUACUUUUACGACAUGCCGAUGGCAAUUGCCGUCUGAAGGAUCCCCACGUCCCAAAAAGGGAAUAGGAAGUAAGAACACUCGGCAGCACAACAUCGAUACCGAGCCUUUACAAACAGUCUCAAUAGCACUCGAAUUCCAAAGCAAAUACAAAAAUAAUACAACUA